AUGGUCCUUGUAGGCCCCACGCUUAAGCCACACUGCAACACGCCGUCUGUCACGUCCAUUCGCUCGCUCGCUCGCAAGAGUGCGAACGAGCCAGACUUUGCACGAGGGGUAGGCAUGCAGGCCCCUGACGAAGAAGAGAUGGCAGCCGUGUGCCGCGAAGUAGAUGCACUGCUUCAGCAUGACGGCACAAGUCUCGGCAUGCACCACGUCGAGCAGGCACAAGCACACAUCUAUACGCGUCUUACGCAGCAUCGCCAAGAUACCCAGGCCCUAGCGGCACAGGCGGCGCAACAUAAGCCUGAUUUGCACGCACACGAAGCCAAGGCACUCCUUUCUUCGCUCUCCGAACUCGAAGAGCAUGCAGCGCGUGCCGAGCAUAGCGUCGGCGAGAUUACCGCUGAAAUCCGGUGGCUGGAUAUGGCGAAACGCAAUGUGAGUCAAUCCAUCGUGACGCUACGUCGUCUUCAGAUGCUAGUAAGCAGCACCUUCCAGCUCGAGCAGGUAUGCGAAGACCAACAGUACCGCGAGGCUGCAUCGACCUUGCAAGCGCUGCAAGCGCUCCUCGCGUACUUUGAGCCGUUCGGUCACGUCCCCGCCAUGGCCCAGCAACGUACACAGAUCGAGGCCCUGCGUGCCAAGCUGCAGCGUAUGGCCAUGGAAGAGUACGAAAAGGCCUUCCAACAGCAGGCUCGUGUACGUAUCGACGCCAACGAGUCGUCCUUGCCGGACGUCGCACUGGUGGUCGAUGCGCUGGGCGGCGAUGUGACACACGCCUUGCUGGACUGGUAUUGCACACGCCAGCUGCGUGAAUACCGACGAGUGUUCCGUGCGGCGGAUGAAGCUGGUCAGCUCGAUAAUGUCGCGCGGCGAUACGCUUGGGUCCGUCGAUUGUUACGCACCUAUACCUCCGAGCAUGCGCCUGCUUUCUUACCGCAGUGGCACGUGGAACACCGACUGCUAGCGUUGUUUGCAGAUAUUACGUUCGACGACCUGAAGAGCGUGCUCGUACGUGAGCAACCGCGCCUCGAUGUCGAUACAUUGCUGCAGGCGUUGCAUGUCACCAACGAAUUUGAGGCGUACGUCGAGAAGCAAUACCAUACCUCGCUUGCAGCCCUUUGCCAUGGCCGCGCCCUGUCGUCGGCCUUCACACCGUACCUCGGCGUGUUUGUCGAUGCGCAGGACAAGGUCCUGGCCGAAAAAAUGUCGCAGUGGGCCGCCUCUGCCACGCAAGCACAAACAGCGGACACGAGCAGAUCAGCGCAGGCCGAGCAGGAGGAACCGAUGCAUGUCUUGCUUUCGUCCACCGACUUGAUUGCGUAUUACCGCCAAACACUCGAGCGCUGUGCCCAACUUGGCCCUCAGGCGCCUUUGACGGCCCUGGCCCAUGUCUACGCGAAAUGGCUACGGCGCUACGCGUCCGAUGUUCUAAUGCCAGCCUUGCAAAGCCGAGAUGCCUUGUACCUAUGUACCGUCCUGAAUACCGCCGAUUACUGUGCUACGACAUGCACGCAGUUGGCCGAGCGAGUCACAGAGAAGAUCCGCGCAGCAGAUGCCCAGGCAGCGCCGUUCUUGCUCGAUACCGAGCGUGAUGCGUUCCUCGGCGCCUUGGCCACCGCCUUGCAGAGCCUUGUGCGUGCCCUGCACCUAGCCUUGGACCCGGCAUUCUUGGCCCUUGCUAAGCCAGACACACCAUGGACGCAGCGCGAUCACGUCGACGAAAAGAGUCCAUGGAUCGACUUGCUUGCCAGCGGCCUAGAACGGAUCGGCGUCCUGGUUCGUCACCAUGUGGAAAACAAGCGGUAUGUUCGUUCGUGGUGCGAUAAGGCCGUGGUCUUGGUGACGACACGCUUAGCACAGACGCUGGUCCGUCUGCGCCCCAUUCGCCGGAUCGUGGCGCAGCAACUGCAGGCGGAUGUACAACAUGUACGUGACCUUCUUCUAGACUUGCCGCAUUUCGAUGCGCCAAGCGUCACAGGCACAUGGGGCAGUGGGAGUGGCGCAGCGGCGCCGACGCCCACGUCCACUGCGUCGUCCGCUCAGUCGGCCUACCGCCGCCAUGUUGAUAAGGCUCUGACACGCAUUGCCCCGUGGCUGCCAGUCCUGGCGACGCCUCCAGAGCCACGUGCGUGGGUCGACGCGUACCGCCAACAUGUCGGGGAUCAAUCACUGACCAAUUUCCAAAAGCUUCUCGACUUACACGGUAUGCGCCGCGUGGACCAGAAUCCAAUGGUCGAGGAGUUCUUAGCAGCCAUUGAUCGCGCACCCGAUGCCCUUCCUACCUCGUCGCCCCUGUCGUCCUUACAACUUGACCCCAAUGCCGAGGUAUAUGCGAUGCCAGAAUGGGGAAGCGAGCGCAAGGACGAUACGCCCGAAUCAAGUGCAACGCCCUCGCGACCUGGCACACCGUCGUCUGCGGUGACGGGCGCGAUGGCCUCUGCAGCCUCUCUUUCUUUGCCAGACUGGAAGCGAUUCGGGUCAAUGUUUGGUGUCGCAUUAGGCCAGCGCCGUCCAUAG